CGCCACCGGAGGAGCGCUUACGAUGUGUUGCUUUGAUGUUAGAGGGCGCGGCCGCGGACUGGUUCCGUUGGCGUCGGACCAAUAACUUAUUGGCCGGCUGGGAGGACUUCGUCGACAAGUUCAAACUCCGUUUUGAUUCACAACACUACGUGGAUUAUCUGGGUCAAUUAGCAAAGCUGCGCCAGAGGGGUACCGUCAUGGAGUAUCAGGGUGAGUUCGAGAAAUUAUUACAACAUGUCACCGGUGCCGGGGAGGAUAUAUUGAUCUCCUUGUUUCAUGCCGGGCUGCAAUCACACCUUCAACAGGAGAUUGGCUUGCUCAAACCCGAGACUCUAUCUGAUUCUUUUGCCUUGGCCAGGGAACUGGAGGCCAAGCACACUGCCCUCGUUUCAGCCAUCUCACAACGCCCAUAUGGGGGGAGAAGUUACACCCCAUCUCGCGGAACGGGUCCGGGGUUACGGGCCGCACCCACCACACCCCUUCUACCGACACCUCCUAAGGCCCUAGCUGAAAGCAAGAUGCCCAACACCAUUCGACGUCUCACCCGGGCCGAGAGGCUUGAGAAGGAUGCCAAGGGCCUUUGCUAUAAUUGUGAUCAGAAGUGGUCCCGCACUCAUAGCUGUGGGCGUUUUCUCUUGUUGUGUGACGACGACCCCGGUGACGUCGAUGACCCAGGUCCUACGCCGGAUGAACUCGUUGUGGAGGCCGAUAUCUCGAGUCUUAAUAACUUCAUGGGCCUCAAAGCCCCACGAUCCCUACGGCUUCCGGGACGCAUUGGUUCACAGGAGGUGCGUGUUCUCAUUGAUGGGGGUAGUACGCACAAUUUCAUCCACCCCGAGAUGGUGACUCGCCUGCAGUUACCCGUCACGCAGGUCUCCCCAUUCCGGGUUUAUGUGGGGAACGGUGAUUCCAUGCCAUGUACCGCUCAAUGUUUGGCCGUCCAGCUCUUCUUGCAAGACACGACCUUUGUGGUGGACCUUUAUAUUCUCUCUAUUCACGGACAAGAUCUCGUCUUGGGGGUGCAAUGGCUCCAGCAGCUCGGAAAAGUUGCCCAAGAUUUCACCCAGUUAACUAUGGAGUUCACAUGGGAUGGCAAGGUCAUUACACUCCAGGGCAGCAGCCCCACACCGAAACCAGUGUCCCUGGCCAUGUUCCAAACUAUGCAAUCGCAUGAAGCCAUUCUUGAAUGUUAUGAACUGCUUGCUCUGACGCCGGAGGAUUCACCCACAGCCGCUGCAAAACCAAGUGAGAUAGCUCUCUGCCCUGCCAUCGCCGAAGUACUCCACAACUAUGCUGAGAUUGAGUACAAGACCGGGGCUUCUAACAGGGUGGCGGACGCCCUAUCCCGCCGUGAUGAUGAUGUGGUACACGGCCACGCCUUGAUGAACUUGUCUCAUCCCGUUCCCGAUUUGAUGGACGCCAUCCGCCGUGAAAAUGGGACGCACGCAGACCUGCAGCAGUUGCACGACGCUGCCAAGGCUGGCGUAUUACCGGCCCAUUUCACUGUUGAAGAUGGGUUACUUUAUUACAAGCGCCGGUUAUGCAUCAGCCAGACGUCCCACUUGCGUGACAAGCUUAUUCAGGAGUACCAUGAUACACCAUUGGCAGGUCACCCUGGCGUCGCUCGUACCUUCCAUCGCCUUUCCAUGGGUUUUUACUGGAAAAAUAUGAGGGCCGAUAUUCAGCGCCACAUUGCCGCAUGCAUUCCGUGUCAGACGACGAAAUAUUCCACUCAACCGCCCGCAGGUCUCUUACAACCUCUUCCGGUGCCUCUUCAGGUGUUCUCCACUCCAGUGCGCAUCCAUGGCCGAAGGACUGUUUUGCUUGGUGAUGUCCUCACGCCACAGAUUUUGGUGGAAUGGACCGAAGGGGGGAAGGAUGACGCAACUUGGGAAUCAGAAGACUUUAUUCGACGGACGUUUCCUGACUUUCACCUUGCGGACAAGGUGGAUUUUGAACGGGGAGGGAAUGUUAUGAAUGAGCCUAUGGAGCAAGAGCUGCCAACCGAUGGUGGCAGUGGGUUGCACGAGGGAUCAGAGACGGAGUUCCUACCCGAGGAAGGAAACGGAUGGCAUGAGGAGACUGAGACGGGUGGUUCAGAGACAUGUGUUCGAAGGAGUUCUAGGCCGAGAAGACCUCCCGCAUGGCAGGAGGAUUAUGCAUCUUAAAUUAAUAAUACUUUAAUUAUCUUUAUUGUAUUUUAGAUUUUCAUUAGGUGAGCAAAUUAAAUGCUCCUUCGAGGG